AUGCCCAGCGCCGCGUCUUCUGAUGGCGCACAGACAAUCUGUGCUCUCCCGGCGUGUGCCGCCCCUGCAUCCACGGAUGUGUUCUGCCUCACGUGCAAGUCGACGUUCUACUGCCACCGCGGCCAUGAGCUCGAGGACAUCCCGCGGCACCAGCGGGAAGACUGCCCCUCUUCCUUCGUGGGCUCGCCGCGGACGCGGGACUCCAGAAGCGGCGCGCCGCCUCCACGCCCCACCGUCGUGAUGGCCUCCCCAGAAAAGAGCGGCGGCCCCGAGGCUGGGCCGACCGCGGCUGCGCGCCGCGUGGACCAUCCGGAGGACUCGCCCGAGGUCGCGGCGGUGCGCGCGAUGGUCCGGGCGGAGUUCGACGCGCAGAGAGAGGAGCUCGAGGAGGCGGUUCGCCGCGAGAUUCGCGGCGAGGUGUUCGUGUCCGUCGUGCAGACCGCGCUGCUGGUCGCCGCCGCGUGGGGCGCGUGGACGCUGGCCGUGCGGCCGGUCGUGCUGUGGCUCUGGAGCUGGGUCGAGCGCGUCGCGCCUUCGUUUGUGGUGCGGGUGCUCGGGUGGGGAGGGCAGGCGUUCUUCUACUUUGUCCUGGUGAUGACGGCUAUGAAUAUGCGAUGA